AUGUUCAGCCAAUUUCGAAAUGCCGUCGAACAGCUUGCACAGCAGCCAAUUCGUGUCUUGGAGGGCUCGUCACCUGAAAGCACUCCCGCCGAGCAUACCACGCCGUCCCGCUCUCAGUCACUAGACAUUCAAGCCAACCGAUCUGCUUCCCCUUUAUCUUCUACCCAGCUAGCUGAAUCUGCGAUUUCAUCUCUGCGUAAAUCAUUUGCCUCACAAAGAAUUGGUGGUGCGAGUUCAUCACCAUCUCCCAAAGCAAACACACCGGAGCCUGCAGCGCCCGCUCCGAGAAAGUCUAAUUUAGAGGAGCGCCUGCGUCGUGCUACAUUUGCUAUUGGCGAAGCGUCCGGAUCUUCUACACCUCAGCACCCAAGCCGAGUCGCUUCCCCUUCUCCGAUGGGUAGAAACCGCAAACCCAAGCCUGAACAAUCCGCUUCGUCGACACCACCUUCUGCCUCUCCGUCUGUCACUACAGCACUCGAAGCCGAAAAGAAACUCGACCAAUCAUCUGACAUACCUGUAGGAGAUACGGAGGUCUCUACUGCUCAACCACCUUCUGACGCUAAAGAGGCUGCAACUGACUCCAAGCCUAGCAACAUUGAAAAACCUGUCGCAACUGAAACUAUUGCAACACAAACUACUGCUGAAACUGCUGCGACCACCACAAAUGUUAUCGAAUCUUCUGAGGAUCCUUUGGGCAUAGCAAAACCAGACGAAUCUAUUCCUUGCCCUCCAGAGGAAACUCCGGCAAUAUCCAACCUAGAGAGCAAAGAAGAAACGAGUGUGUCGAAUAUAGAUGACAACGUACCACCGACACCCGCGACUACUCUCACAGUGGAAACCUCGGCCUCUCUGGAACCUGACGAAGGGGUUAGCAUUGAAGUCGCCUCAGAAGAGACAAAGGGUAAAGAGAUUACCGCGGAAUCUACAUCUGUGGUAACUGCACAGCAUGAAGGAACGUCCAAAUCUGCGGACGCAGAUGACACGAAGGAAGUAACACCAACAGUAGACUCUGGCCUUCCAGAGAAUUCAAAAUCCACACCUGAAAUUGCAGCUGAAGACCGAAAGGAGGUUAAAACUUUAGACGAUUCGUCUGAAAUAGUUACCAUUCCCGCAGCAGUCGACUCUCCGUUGGAGGAUUUGUCUUCCCCUCCCCAACCUGAAGCUACCAAUGUUGUCGCCGCUGAAACCCGCGGUGAAGAAGCUUCAUCACCUUCAGCAGAGCAGUCAUCCACAGUUCCCCCGGUCGUUGAUCGCACUGCCGAAGUUGAGAGUUUACAGGCUAGACUGGUCUUAAUUGAACAGCGUUUCUCAGAUGUUUCUGCUUCAUUUAAGCGCCUUCAGGCCGAAAAAGUGGCUGCAGAUGCGAUCCUGAGAGAGUCAUCCCCUUUGGAAAGUAUAAAUGAUGCAAAUGCUCUUCGAGAGUUUUUCGAUAACCUUAAAAUAAAAGACGAGGUUUACCAAGAGGAACUCAAGCGCUUGAAUCAAAAGCUCGAAGUUCAAGAGGCGCGAUUUGCAGAAGUGCGCGAAAUACACAAAUUAGAGACACAUUCUCUCACAGAUGAGGUGAAAAAAAUUCGCAACCAACUCGAUGAAACCGAAGCCCUCUUUCAAGCUGCCCAGAGAGCCACGAGCCAUGCAGAAGAAGCCGUCGAUAAGCAAAAGGAGGACUUUGCCCGUCUACAGAAGGAAGUUGAAGCGGCGAAAAACACGGCCAAAGAAGAGGAAGAAAAGCGCGUGAAGGCCAUCAGUUUGCUAAAAACUGUCAGGCAGAAGCUCGUCAAAGCUGAAAAGGACAAAGAGGAUGCUAUGAAAGAGAUUGCGGCCAUCAAGGAGCGAGAAAAAAACGAGAAGAAUCAAGAGCAGAUUGACAGGUUGAAUUUCCAACAAGAGCUGGAGGCCGUGCAAACUAAACAUGACGAAGCUGUUGCCAACCUGAAAGCACAGUUUGCAAAAGAGAUGACAAGUACGAAGGAACGUUAUGAACAAGAGAUAAACGCUUUACGAGGUCAGAUGGAGUUGGAUGUGGCAUCUUCAAAAGCAACUCAUAUCAAAGAAAUUGGUACCAAAAACUCUCAAAUUACAACCCUUGAGACUUCUCUUAACAACGUCACCCGUGAUAAAAAUGCGUUCUUCGAUCAGUUACAACUUCGACAGGCAGAAUUAGAGUCUGCACAAGGACAUCUUGAAUCAUUACAACACGAAAAUGCCGAACUUCAGUUCCAACUUAGGGAAUCGACAGACCGUCUUUCUCUUCUGAAGGAAGAGUACUCGGAACUCCUCCGCGAACACGACUCUCGUUCCCGCGAUCCCGUUACCUCUGCGGACGAGGUCGCCCGAAUGGUAUCAGCCACUGAAGUCAAGUACGAGGCAAAACUUGCCGAGAUGAAGAGGAACAUCGCUAUUCUCGAGAAAGAACGUGCGGAAGGUGAAGCUGACUGGAGCAAGAAGCUGAAAGAGAAAGUUAAGGAAUUGGAGGAUACAAAACGAAUUCUUGGCUCUGCAGCCAGAAACCGAGAGGCAGAUGAAAAUGCUGUUGCUGUUCUCAGAGCAGACCUUGCACAUGCCCAUGAAAUGAACCAAAAACUUCAAAAGCAGGUGUCUGAGCUCCCUCAUUUGCAAGAGCAGAUCCAAGAACUUCAAAAAGCUGCUAAGGACCAGGAGGAAGAAAUCAGUGUCAAGAUCUCUGUCCUUGAGAAACAGAUCGAGGAGAGCAAAUCGCGUGAAGCACAGCUAAAACAAGCAAAUAAGACUCUUCGGGAAGAGCUACGCAAAGUGCAGUCCUCAGCUGCGUUGUUGGAACGUCAGCGCAAUCCAGGUGUUGGGUACUGGACUACUCGAGCACCGGAGAACGGUGGUUCUGCUGACGGUCGCCGGCCAUCUGUGUCAACACCUCCCCCAGAGACGCCAGCGCGAGUAUCAUCUCCUGCCCCUAGCACGACUUCUAAUAAGAACGAAGAGGAAGUCAAUUUGGAAUAUCUCAGGAACGUCAUUCUUCAAUUCUUGGAGCACAAGGAAAUGAGACCGAACCUUGUCAAAGUUCUGUCUAUUAUAUUGCAUUUCACGCCUCAAGAAACUCGCAGGCUAAUUGCCAAGGUGUAA